AUGCCUCGCAACAACAACAGCGACGACGAUGAAGUGUAUCAGCCGCCUACAAACACGUCAGGGCCGGCAGACACGUCUCCGCGGCAAACGCGCGCUAUACGAGAGGCGGCUAUGUUGCGUGCUGGUUUCGUCAAUAGCAAUAUGUCAGAGGAGGAUUAUCAAUUCAUGCUCAGCCUUAUGCCCCUUAAUUUCCACUCAGAUCCCACCAAGUUUCCCAAGCUCUUCCAAAUCACUAGUCAAGAUUAUCAAUCCACAAGCCCCCUCGAAGAUCGCGAGGUGUACGAGAUCAGAGAUUACCUCGUCAAGUAUAUCGACUUUGAUUUGCGCGUGCCCACCCUCGCCACUCGGAUUCGCAGAGCCAACGCCGACUAUUUGUCCGAUGGUAUCAGUCGUUUGAUGUCGCCCUUUGGGGAACACUAUUAUGCGUUUACGUGUUUGGUGUGCCACAGCUGGUACAGACCAGAUAGCGAAGAGUGCAACCAAUACACUUGUUACGCCCCCUUCAGAGACCAGUUGGCCGAGUGGGCUAAAGACCAUAUCGCCAUCCGCAUGACGCCGGACCGGGGCUAUGGCGCCUUCAUGAAGCCCGGUCGUGAUGUGGAGCAAGAUGAAAUCAUUGGCAUCUAUUACGGUAUGAUAUGCAAACACGACAGCGAACACGUGCCCAACAGCGCCUACGUAUACGAAAUGGACGACCAUAUCGGAGAGUACCCAUACAACAUUGAUGCGGGAAUGUACGGCAACUGGACCCGGUUUAUCAACCACCACUGCCGCCCCAACGUCGCGUGCAGCCCCGAGACCAUCGGCGGCAUCAGAGUUUUGGUUUUCAAAGCCCUCAGGCCAAUCGAGGAAAGGCAUGAGAUAUACGUCAACUACGGACGAAGCUAUUUCGACAAAUCCAAAAUGCAGUGUCGUUGCAACCUCUAUCCCGUUGAGCACAAAGCCGAGGGCCAUGCGGAUACGGCGACCAACAAGCCACGUACAUGUGCUCGCCCCGUCCUUCCGCUGGACCAGAAACGCGAGCUUCCACUGGACAGUGAGUCAGAUUCGCCCCUCUCCUCUCCUCCUUCGACACCAGAGAGAUCCGUAACGCCAGAUCCCGGGAGGCAAGAUCCCUUCAGGCCGUCACCCUUGAGGCCAGGGGCCACCUCGAGGUCAGGUCCAAGACAUAGACGGACUAGAGGCAAACUUGCCACAUAUUCACCGGCCAGCUUAUCAAAGGUGUCCUCUGGUAUCAGGAAACGCCAGCGGAUCGACAGACAGGCUUCAAGGAGCUAUGUUUCUGGUGUUCAAGAGGCGCUUGAACAGCAGGAGCUUAUAGAAAUAGUUGGCGAUGCUGGCUACUUCUCUGACUCAACUCUUUGCUCGCCAACUGACACCGACGAGGAGAUGGAGGAUGUCCUCGGAUACUCACUUGGCAAUUUGGGGAACAAGCCGAAAGUGCACGCCGAGCCCUAUCGCGCUGGCGGUCAAGCACUGCCUGAUGUAGACCAGGUCCUGCGAGAAGCGGCGCCAGUCGAGGCAGAAGACUAUCAAGUGGAAAAGGUGAUGGACUCGACCUUGAUGGGUGAUGAAGUCAAGUAUCUGGUCAAGUGGGAAGGAUGGCCUCAGAGGAGACAUUGGACCUGGGAACCCUUUGAGCACUUCUACAGCGACGGAGCCAAGGCAGCUGUCCGCACCUUUCACGCACAGCAACCCGGCAAACCCAAGGACUCCCGAGUGGAGGCUUGA